CGCGGGAGGGCGGCGCGGGUUGGCAGCCCCGGUGCGGGAUCGCGGUGCGGGAUCGCGGUGCGGGGCCGUGGCGGCACGAUGAGCCGGUUCCUGAACGUGCUGCGCAGCUGGCUCGUCAUGGUGUCCGUCAUCGCCGCCGGGAACACGCUGCAGAGCUUCCGCGACCACGGCUUCCUCUCGGAGAAGCUCUACACCGGCAGCCCGGCUCUCGUGAACGGGCUGCAGGCCAGGACGUUCGGCAUCUGGACGCUGCUGUCCUCCGUCAUCCGCUGCCUGUGCGCCAUCGACAUCCGCAACCAAACCCUCUACUACAUCACGCUCUUCACCUUCUUCUUGGCCCUUGUUCACUUCCUCUCUGAAGUCUUCAUUUACCACACUGCAGCCUUGACGAUUGGAGUUAUGGCACCACUCAUGGUAGCAAGUUUCUCUAUCCUGGGGAUGCUGAUCGGGCUACAGUACCUGGAGGUAGAAGCACUGUCAGAAAAUAAGAAGAAAAACUGAGGCUGAGCGCACUGUAAAGGACCUUAUCCUGCUUCACAGCACUGAGUCCCUUCCACCAGAGCUCCAGGUCUGACUGAACACAUCACACACACUCCAGGAGAGCUGUUGCAGCUCUCACUGCCGUAGCAUUCUAGUGGCAACAAACUGCGUGCAUCAGGAGCAAGGAUGGAGCUUCCUUUGCAAUGAGCUAUAACUGUAACAAUGAGCAAAUGGGAACAGGUUGCUCAGUGCUAGAUGAAAGAACAUCCAGGGCUGUGAGGAAGAAGGGGGAAAAAUAAAAGGAAGAAAACAAUGUAACAGUAGCAGUGGGCAGAGAAACUGUUUUUCUGUCCUGCAUUUCAGGCUAUUAAAAAAGCCACACCAAGACCUAUAGUAUAAAAAUAUCAUCUUUCAUUGUACACCUGCAAAGUUUUUAUUUCAUAUAAAAAUUAUAUUUAAAAGCCAUUUUAGACCACAUCCUCAAUCCCAAACUAUCAAAAAAAAAAAAAAAAAAA